UAAGACAGAGCACUAACCAAUUACCUAGGAAACGCACGUUCACUCUCACACGCUCUCUCUCACACACAUCUCUCCCUCUUCCGCUGUUCUCUUUCAUGUUCAGACCAUUCCUCUCUUUCUCCCUCUUACUUCUCCUUCAUCUCCCUCUUGUAGUCUUUUUAUUUCAGUCUCUCUGCACUCCGUGUUUCCAUCUCUCUCCUCACAUGUUUCUCUCUCUAACGGUGGACUGAUAUGCACACAGCUUUGUAUUCUCCGCCGCGAAUAAAUGGGGUGCAUGUUCUCUCACCUCGCCGCCAAGUUUGCCUUUUUCCCUCCUUCUCCUCCCACCUACCACCUUACCAAAAACCCCGAUGGUAAACUCUCCGCCGUCUCCGCUUCCUCCUCCUCCACUUUUCCCGCCGCCGGAGACUCAUCCAUCGACGUUAGAGUGGUGAAGACGAGACGCGGAAACAAAGUCGCAGCUUUCUACCUGAGAAACCCAAACGCGAGGCUCACACUUCUCUAUUCACAUGGAAAUGCUGCAGAUUUGGGACAACUCGUUGAUCUCUUCGUUCAACUCAAAGUCAAUCUCCGAGUUAAUCUCAUGGGGUAUGAUUAUUCGGGCUACGGAGCCUCUACCGGUAAGCCGAGUGAGUAUGAUACAUAUGCGGAUAUAGAGGCGGUUUACGAGUGUUUGCAGACCGAAUAUGGUGUUGGACAAGAGGAUCUGAUUUUGUAUGGUCAAUCCGUUGGUAGUGGACCGACGCUGCACCUUGCCUCUAAGCUUCCUCGGCUUAGAGGUGUGGUUCUUCAUAGCGGCAUUCUCUCUGGUCUUCGUGUUCUAUGUCAUGUCAAGUUCAAGUUUUGUUGUGAUAUUUAUUCGAACGUAAACAAGAUCAAGAAGGUCAAAUGCCCGGUUCUUGUCAUACACGGAACAGAGGAUGAUGUUGUAAACUGGCUGCACGGAAACAGGCUAUGGAAAAUGGCGAAAGAACCAUACGAACCGCUUUGGAUUAAAGGUGGUGGACAUUGCAACCUCGAGAUCUAUCCUGACUACAUUAGACAUCUCUAUCGGUUUAUACAAGACAUGGAGAAUACAACCACUAAGUCUCGUCUCAAGAAGAUUUGGCAAGAGAUCCGUCGGCGAGAUGAAUCCAAAGGAUGCUGUAGUUUCAAACUAUGCAGACCAAAAUGCCCUUCGUGUCCCAAACCUAGUUGCGAUUGCGGUGAAUGCGGUUGUUGCAAGUGUGAGUGUCCGUCUUUGAAAGGAUGUUUCUCUUGCUGUAAGAAACCGAGCUGUGUUGGUUGUUGCUGUCCCAAGUUCAAAUGCUGCAACUGCUUUUGGAAGCCUACGUGUCCGAAAUGCUCUUGUUGGAAAUGUCUAAAGUGCUCCGAGUCCGAGUGUUGUCGGAGUUCUUGCUGUGCCGGUUGUUUUAGCUGGCUCUGUUGUUGCGGCGGAGGGAAGAGGAAGGAGUUGAAGACGAGAGGAGGAGAAACUACGGUGGCCAAGAGUGAAGGGUAAUAUUGGUAUUUCGAUAUUUUUGUAUAGAUUCUGUUCAAAGAUUCGGUACAACACAUUCAUGGGAAGAGACUGAGUUUUCAAGAGAAAAGUUCUAUUAUCAUAUUGAGAAACAAAAUAUUUCAUGAGGAAAAAGUUGAUAAAAUGAAAUCU